AUGAAAGUUGCUCGUACAGGAUUUGGUCAUGUUCUUCAUGAUACUUCAUUUCUACGUGAAAUACUUAGUUUUGAUAUUAUUUAUUUUUCCAAAACAAUCUUAUCAAAACCAUCAGCCCUUCAAAAUUGUCCUGAUAGUUCAACAACUACAACAGCCGACUUAGAAUUAGCUACAAAACAACGUACAAAUACACAAGUUACACGUAUGCUUUUAGCUGUUACAUUAUCAUUAAUUAUAUUUAAUAUUCCUUAUAUACUAUUUUUUGUUCUUGGCCAAAUUUAUAAUUCAAAAGCAAUAUUAUUUGGUCGUUCAUGCUUAAAUAUUAGUGAUAAUGAUAUAUUAUCAUAUAAACUUGGAUUUUAUUCAAGCGUUAUACAAGAUAUAUUGUCGGAUUUACCCUAUGUAGUUAAUUUUUUCCUAUAUUGUUUAGUUGGAAAAAGGUUUCGAAGUAUAUUCAUAAAUGAAGUUCAUCAAUUACUUGUUAAUUUUCAUUUAAUUAAACCAAAAGAAAAUCAUCAUACAUAUGGAGCAUCUAUGUUAAAUUCUGAUUUAACAUCAAAUACAAGGUAA